AUGGCCGCGCGCAGCAGUGCAGCAGUCCUGAGCAGAGCUCUUCGCGCCCAGCGCACCCCACAGAUCCCCCGCGGAGUAACUCGCUUUUACUCAACAUCAGAAAGCGGCGAGAAGAGGCCGUCGAUUGUGGGAACGUUUUACAAGACCUUCACGAGACCCGUCCUCAAAGUCCUCCUGAUGGCCACUCUUACGUACCAGAUUGCGUACUGGAGCUGGACAAAGUUGGAACAAGACGAGAUUCGUGACGAGAAGCAAAAGGAGAUUGACGGUCUCGAGGCCAGGGUUGCGGAGCUCCAAAUGGGCAAGGGCACUGGUGCAUAG